AUGGCCAGCAGUGAGCGUUUUCCAGGGGAGCUGGUUGGUGGUCCUGAGGCCCAGGCAAAGCCUCCGGAGCCCCUGGCAGCCCCGGCCCUGCCUCCUGUGUUCUUCUCCGGGGUCUUCAUGGACCUGUCUAAAAAGUUUGGGCCCCAUGGGAUCCCUGUGACAGUAUUUCCCAAAAGGGAGUAUAAGGAUAAACCGAACGGCAAGCAGCUCCAAAGGAACACAUUCCAAGAAUGGAUAGAAGUCAAUCAGGAAGUGAACUGUGCUGUUCCUGAUAACCUUCCUCCAGUCCCUCCUCCUGAGCGCCUGUGGACUUCUAAGCCACCUCCUCUCUUCCACGAAGGAGCACCUUAUCCUCCCACCUUGUUUUUCAGGGACACAUAUAACCAAUUAAUACCUCAGCCACCUCCUCGGAAAAUUAAGAGACUCAAACGUAAAAUGUACAGGGAAGAACCCAUUUCAAUAAUGUAUGUGAUUAACCUACAGCCCAGGCAAGUCCUGUGUGAUAAGUGUAAAAACAGUGUUGUUGCAGAAAAGAAGGAAAUUAGGAAAGGUAGCAGUGACUCUUCUAGGUAUGAAGAUAAAAAAUGGAGAAAUGACAGUGUAGCUACUGUGAACAAGAAACUGAAAACUGACCAUAAAGUGGACGGGAAAAAGCAAAACGAAAGCCAGAGAAGAAACGCUGUGGUGAGGGUUUCCAGAUCGCUCACAGCUCAGGCAAACACGUCAAAAGCUCAGUUAAGUACCAAGAAAGUGCUCCAGAGCAAGAUCAUGGAUCACGCAAAACCUCGGGAAGUAUUGAAAACUGCCAAAGAAAAGGCACAGAAAAAGCAGAGUGAAACCUCUACUUUCAAAAACAGCCACCCGAAAGUCCAUUUCACACGGUACUAUCAGAAUCCUAGCUCAGGUUCCCUCCCACCUCGAGUGCGUUUAAAACCACGAAGGUACAGGAAUGAAGAAAAUGACUCUUCUCUGAAGACAGGACUGGAGUAAAUUCCGAGUGGCGAGCUGGCCCCUAAGCCACAGUCUCGCUGUACUUCCAACAGCUCAGCAGCACAAAGACAUUAACAGACUGCUGGUUUCUUGGAUGUGUGCCACUUUGACAGAGCAAGAGCGUCAGGACUGGCUAAGA